AUGGUGCCAGCGUUUGACCCCCCCCCCCUUGUUUCCUGUUGCAGGGAACAGCCGAUUUUUAGUGCUCGAGCCCACGUUUUCCAAAUCGACCCAACGACCAAACGAAACUGGAUCCCGGCCAGCAAGCAUGCUGUUACCGUCUCCUUCUUUUACGACAGCACCCGCAAUGUUUACCGGAUCAUUAGUGUCGGAGGCACCAAGGCGAUUAUCAAUAGCACCAUCACACCCAACAUGACUUUCACCAAAACCUCGCAGAAAUUUGGGCAGUGGGCUGACAGUCGAGCCAACACAGUCUAUGGUCUGGGCUUCAACUCUGAGCAGCAGCUUGCACAGUUUGCAGAGAGGUUUCAAGAGGUGAAGGAAGCAGCUCGUCUGGCAAGAGAGAAAUCCCAGGAUAAAACAGAACUGACAAACCCAGCACUGGAGAUUGCAGCCCCUCAGGAUUUGUCCAUCGAUCUUAAUUCCCCACCACUGCAGCUGGCCAGUGCAAAUGGGAGCGGUGUUCCAAAACUGUACCAUUCGGAGAGCUGUGAUGGAGAAAUGAUGCUGGACAGCGCUCGGAUCAAGUCUCUCUUCUCCCAGGGGUCCAUCGGCGAGCCGCAGUGGGAGCUGGAGUUACUCGCACUGCAGGAGAGUAAUGGGAAGCUGGUGCAGGCGCUACACGAAUCAAACAUCACGGUCGAACAGUGGAAGAAACAACUGGCUGCCUAUAAAGAGGAGGCGGAGAAACUGCGGGACCGGGUCAUUGAGCUCGAGUCACAGGGUGCGGAGAACGUGACAGUUGCAUCUCAGAACACAGACCUCAGCCAAUCAGUGGAGGAACUCGAGACAUUGUUAAAGGAGAAAGAGGAGGAGAUCCAGUUAUUGAGGAGCCAGAAAUCUGAUGUGAAUGAGUUGGAAAGUGACCGGGAGGAGGCACUGCUCCGACUGCAGGAGGUGGAGGGCCGGAACGCUGAGCUGGAGCAGCAGCUGCAGGAUGUAGAGCAGACCCUGGUGGACUGCGUGAACGACAGAGAGAGGGUCCAGCGCGACGCUCGUAAACUGCUGGAUAUCCUCGACGUUAAGCUGUACGAACUGAACGAUUUGCGUCAGGGUCUGGCUAAAAUCGCAGAGAAGGAGGAAAAAUCCUGAAUGGCGUAGCUGAUUCUCAAUCCCUAGAUCCUCCCGACACACAGCUCCCUGCCAAUCGAUUUAACUCCCCCCUCCCCCACCAUCACCACCACACCCCCACCACCGUCCCUGCUGCUCCCUCACUCCUAGUACCAGGUGUUCACCCAGGGCUCAGCCAGCUGAAAGCGUGGUGUCCAAGCAUCAGCACCAACCUGUAAACAAACAUUUGAUUCAAGUCCAGUUGCUGGAAAAUUAAAUACCAACUCUCAGUCCUGCACUAAUUCCAUCCCAUCUCCUAAUUACCCACCUAUCCCAAGUCCCUGUAAUUUUUCCUGGGCUAUUCUCCAAUUCCUUUUUGAAUCUGCUUGUUCUGCCCUUUUAGGUAGUCACAUGAGAUUAUUACUGACCUCAAGAACUAUUGAAAUCCUCCUUAUGUCAGCUUGAAGCACCUCUCCCCUUCACGAUCGUUGCAGGGGAAAGGAGGUUAUCCGAUGACAAGAGAUUGACCUGUGCUUGCAGGUCUUUAGAUGAAAGAGAGGUUAUCUGAUACAGGUUCUGAGGAAAGUUGAGGGGCUAAGGUUGAAGAGUUGGCCAUUAGGAACAGUCAUGAGCAGAACUUUCAUCACUCCAGUGUGAAUCUUUGGAAUCCACAACUCCAGAGGGAUUGGAGACUUGGUCUGUAUGAAUAUUGAAGCUGAGAUUGGUGGAGUUUUGGUCACUGAGGGGAUUUAACGACAUGCAGGAUGGAUGGGAAAGUGGAGAUGAGGUAAAGGAUCAGAAUGAUCUUAUUGAAUGACGGAGUGGGGUCCAGGGGUCAAAUGGCCAACCCCUGCUCUUUCUUGUAUUCUUAUAUGUGACAUUAUGACAUAUGCCAUUGUAACACUUUGAUAUACCAACAACAGCAAAACCCUCACCAGUACACUCUGAUACACACUGCAUAACCCUGAUUGUAACACUCUGAUAUACACUGCACACUCCUCACUGUAACACUCUGAUAUACACUGCAAUUCCUCACUGUAACACUCUGCUAUACACUGCACACUCCUCACUGUAACACUCUGAUACACACUGCAUAACCCUCAUUGCAACACUCUGAUAUACACUGCACAGUCCUCCCUGUAACACUCCAAUAUACACAGCAUGCACCUCACUGUAAUACUCUCAUACAGACUAUAGACCCCUCAAUGUAACACUCUCAAAGAGACUGCACACCCCUCGCUGUUAAACUGAUAUACACAGCAUGUACCUGACUGUAAAUCUCUGAUAUACUGUGCACACCCCUCACUGUUACACUCUGAUAUACCCUCUACAUACAGUAAAUCUCUUAUAUGUGUCAUCUCCUACAGCAAUCUGAUGUGCCUGUCACAUCUCAUUAUCACACUGAAACACCCUUCUUGCAACAUUUUGAUAUAACCCACACGCCUUACCCUGUUGCUCUUUCUUCAACAGAUACCCAGCUACACAGGUGUGGUGGGCUGAUUGUGUUUUUAACAUAAUGUGCCAUUUCACGGAGCAGGAUCAUGAAUGAAGCACCUGGGCCUCAUGGUUUUGCUGUCUCUUAGUUAUCCAAAACCUCUUCUGUUAUGUCUUCAAUAUUUUGCAGUUUUCUUCCCAUUUAGCCCUUUUAAAAAUUUCCUCGUGAAUUAGCUUCUACUUCCCUCUUAGAUAAUGCAUUAAAAAUCCCAGCAACCAGCAAAGUGAAAUAUUUCUUGCGCCUUUGGAUUCUUUGCCAAUCACAUUAAAUGUUUCUCCACUGAUUGAUCCUUUUCCCACAAGAAGGACUUUUUCCUUAUUUACUUCGUCAAAGCGCUUCAUGAUUUUGAAUAAAAUCUCCCUAAGAUCUCCCUAUGCUUCUCCAUCUUCAGUAAAUAACUAGAGCCCUUAAUCCCUGGGCCCACUCCAGUAAAUCUCCACCCCCACUUGGCCUUGACUUCCUUCCAAAAGUAUGGGGCCUGGAAAUGGACCCAGACCUCCAGCUGGGGUCUGGGAAAUGGUUUAUUAUGUGUUUGUACUCAGCCAUUUAUAGUUAAAGACUUUUCAAUGUCCAAGCUUCCUCACACAUUUGUGUAUAAACAUUUGUGUUUCCUCUGUUUCUCCAA